CCCCGGGACGAAGGCUUGGGAAGCGCGCGGGGAACAAGACCGAAGGAAGGAGCGGGAAGAAGAGCGCAGCCGCCGCCGGGCCCUGCGCGCCCCGGGAGCGCCGCGCGGCACUGCCCGCGGGCUCCGGGUGUCCGCGGGGCGGCGCCGCGGAACAUGACGGCGCCCUGGGCGGCCCUCGCCCUCCUCUGGGGAUCGCUGUGCGCGGGUUCCGGUCGCGGGGAGGCCGAGACGCGGGAGUGCAUCUACUACAACGCCAACUGGGAGCUAGAGCGCACCAACCAGAGCGGCCUGGAGCGCUGCGAAGGCGAGCAGGACAAGCGGCUGCACUGCUACGCCUCCUGGCGCAACAGCUCAGGCACCAUCGAGCUCGUCAAGAAGGGCUGCUGGCUGGACGAUUUCAACUGCUACGACAGGCAGGAGUGCGUGGCCACCGAGGAGAACCCCCAGGUGUACUUCUGCUGCUGCGAAGGCAACUUCUGCAACGAGCGCUUCACCCACCUGCCCGAGGCGGGCGGCCCAGAAGUCACGUACGAGCCACCCCCGACAGCCCCUACCCUGCUCACUGUGCUGGCCUACUCGCUGCUGCCCAUCGGGGGCCUCUCCCUCAUUGUCCUGCUGGCCUUCUGGAUGUACCGGCAUCGCAAGCCCCCCUACGGCCACGUGGACAUCCAUGAGGAUCCUGGACCUCCACCCCCAUCCCCUCUGGUGGGCCUGAAGCCACUGCAGCUGCUGGAGAUCAAGGCUCGGGGGCGCUUUGGCUGUGUUUGGAAGGCACAGCUCAUGAAUGAUUUUGUGGCUGUCAAGAUCUUCCCACUCCAGGACAAGCAGUCAUGGCAGAGUGAAAGGGAGAUCUUCAGCACACCUGGCAUGAAGCAUGAGAAUCUGCUGCAGUUCAUUGCCGCUGAGAAGCGAGGCUCAAACCUGGAGGUGGAGCUGUGGCUCAUCACGGCCUUCCAUGACAAGGGCUCCCUCACGGAUUACCUCAAGGGGAACAUCAUCACAUGGAAUGAACUGUGUCACGUGGCAGAGACAAUGUCAAGAGGCCUCUCAUACCUACACGAGGAUGUGCCCUGGUGCCGUGGCGAGGGCCACAAACCGUCUAUUGCCCACAGGGACUUUAAGAGCAAGAAUGUAUUGCUGAAGAGUGACCUCACGGCCGUGCUCGCUGACUUUGGCCUGGCUGUUCGUUUUGAGCCAGGGAAACCUCCGGGGGACACUCAUGGGCAGGUGGGCACACGGCGGUACAUGGCCCCUGAGGUGCUCGAGGGAGCCAUCAACUUCCAGAGAGACGCCUUUUUGCGCAUCGACAUGUACGCCAUGGGCCUGGUGCUGUGGGAGCUCGUGUCCCGCUGCAAAGCUGCCGAUGGACCUGUGGACGAGUACAUGCUGCCUUUUGAGGAAGAGAUUGGCCAGCACCCGUCACUGGAGGAGCUUCAGGAGGUGGUCGUGCACAAGAAGAUGCGGCCUGCCAUCAAGGAUCACUGGCUGAAACACCCGGGCCUGGCCCAGCUCUGCGUGACCAUCGAGGAGUGCUGGGACCACGACGCAGAAGCUCGUCUGUCCGCGGGCUGUGUGGAGGAGCGGGUGUCCCUGAUCCGGAGGUCUGUCAAUGGCACUACCUCGGACUGUCUUGUCUCCCUGGUGACCUCCGUCACCAAUGUGGACCUGCCCCCGAAGGAGUCGAGCAUCUAAGCCCAGGACAUGAGUGGAUCUCCAGACUCAGUGGAUCUGAAGAGGCAAGGAAGAAAAAAAAGUUGUGUUUUGUUUUGGAAAUCCCAUAAUACCAACAAACACGUAAAAUGCAGCUGCUAUUUUACCUUG